AUGCCAUAUCUCAGUGCGGUAGUCAAGGAGACUUUCCGUUUCCACCAGCCUCUGGGGUUUCUCCUGGAGCAGGUCGUCCCAGACAGAGGGCUUCAGUUACCAGACGGGCCUUUUCUUCCAUCCGGUAAUAGUUGGCGCCAACGCAUGAGUUGUACACCGCAAUCUAGUAUUUGA